GUUUCAGUGACGGAAUAAAAUCGAAAUUAAAAUAAUGUUUAAUCGCACGAAGAUUGGAUUGCCGGCAAUACUCCUCGCUUUUCUAAUUGUUCUCGUACAAAGCGCUCUAAAUGACGAAGAGUUUGAGCAAUUCGUUACUAAAUGCUUGGCUGACAAUAAAAUCGACAGAGCUGAGUUUGAGGAAAUCAUAAACCAAAAUAGCUCUGAAAUAGAUCGCGAUAACAUUGACCAGAAGUACAAGUGCUAUUUGCAUUGCUUGGCUACGGAAGUAAACAUCUUAGAUUCUGAUGGAUACGUUGAUAUAGAUUUGGUGAAUGAAUUUGAGAAAGUAAGUGACAAAGUGCGCGAUGCCCUCGAGGAGUGCAAGAAUAUGCACGAUGGAGACGAAGAUGCAUGCGACUAUGCCUUCAACAUGUUGACUUGUUUAAUAAAAAAUUUGGAUGAUUAG